GUGAAGAUACUGGGGCCUACUUUCCGGCAGUUUCUAAAAUCUAAAUUCUACAACUAUUUUAUAAUUUUGAAUGGUUGUUGUUUUAUCUUGAAAAAAAUCGUUUGUUUUAACAAUGCCUGUGGAAAAUCUCGAAGAUGAAGGCCUACCAAAGAAUCCUAAUCUUGAAAUUGCGCAAUGGCGAUAUACAUUGACCGCUGCACAUGGUGUUAACAAAGAAGAAACUGCGACUAAACUUUUAAAUGCAAUCAAAGAAAAUAAUAUGGCACCAUUUUAUGAAGAAGUCUGUCCUGAUGUUGGAUGGCCUAUGGACCAAACAUUGUUAGCCAAUAUGAAAUUAGCCAAUGAAACAGAACUUGUGAAACUAGAGAAAGCAAUUGAAGAUGCAGAAAAAAAUUUAGGAGAAACUGAAGUCAGAGAUGCAUUGUUGUCAAAAGCAGAAUAUUUAUGUAAAAUAGGAGACAAGGAAGGUGCUUUGACAGCACUCAGAAAAACGCAUGAAAAAACUGUGACAACUGGAUUUAAACUGGACAUCAUAUUUUAUUAUCUUCGGAUUGGUUUAUUUUAUAUGGAUAAUGAUUUGAUUACAAGAAAUAUUGAAGAAGCAAAAAGUCUAAUUGACAAAGGUGGUGAUUGGGACAGACGAAACCGUCUCAAAGUCUAUCAUGGUCUCUACUACUUAUCAAUCCGAGAUUUCAAGAAUGCUGCUGAAAAUUUCCUUGAAUCUAUAUCAACAUUCACCUCAUAUGAAUUGAUGGAUUAUAAAGUUUUUGUCUCAUAUACAGUGUUAACAAGCAUGAUUGCAUUACCAAGGACAGAGCUUAGAGAGAAAGUUGUCAAUGGAUCUGAAAUACUUGAGAUGCUACAUCAGCUGCCUGAUAUUCAGAAGUUUCUUAUGUCUUUCUAUGACUGCCAUUAUGAUAGAUUCUUUGUUUCUCUUGCAAAAGUUGAACAAGAGAUGAAACAAGAUAGAUAUUUUCACUCACAUUAUCGUUACUAUGUUCGUGAGAUGAGAAUCCUGGGAUACAGCCAAUUAUUGGAGUCUUACCGCAGUCUAACGUUACAAUAUAUGGCAAAUGCUUUUGGCGUUAGUGAGGCUUUCAUUGACAGAGAGUUAUCAAGGUUUAUUGCUGCAGGAAGAUUAAACUGCAAAAUUGACAAAGUCAAUGGAAUUGUUGAGACAAACAGACCAGAUCACAAAAACUGGCAAUAUCAGUCUGUGAUUAAGCAAGGAGAUCUGCUACUCAACCGAAUUCAAAAGUUAAGUCGAAUUAUCAAUGUAUAGACAAGCGACAUCAUAACACA